AUGGUCCCGCGGUCUGUCCGACAGUCUAUGGGUCUGCCUCAUACUGUCUUCAUGAGAGCGCACUCUGAGUGGUGUCAGUUUACAGUCAGCCUCCAGAACCAGAGCAGUCCUCAAACUUUACCGCGGUUCAUCACGUCUUUCUGUGUCCAGUCACAGCUGCUCUUUGCUCAUCUGGAGAGCUGUCUCUUGGGAUACUCUCUCCUCUGCAGACACACCCUCUCCCCCAUGGAGCAUCAGGGUCUCCUGCCUAUUUGCACGGGCACAGAGGUGGGCACGCAGCAGGUGGUUUGUCAGGGCUGUCCUCAAAGAAACGUCUGA